AUGGCUUCUUCUUCUUCUUUUUCUCCUCUUUUUCUGCCAAUUUCUCCUCAACAAAAGCAUGAGGUUCAAAAAAAAUAUAAUGUGUUUCUCAGUUUCAGAGGUGAAGACACCCGCAAUAAAUUUUUCAGCCAUCUUGAUUCUGCUUUAUCUGCAAAGUACAUCUCAACUUUCAUGGAUGAUCAUGAACUUCAGAAAAGAAAUGAGCAGAGUGUUGUCAUUCCAAUCUUUUAUGAGAUAGACCCAUCGGACGUGCGAAAACAGAAGGGGAGUUAUAAAGUUGCAUUUGUUGAACUUGAAGAACGUUUUAAAGAUGGAAUGGAGAAGGUGCGUCAAUGGAGGGCUGCACUGAUAGAAGCGUCUAAUCUAAGUGGAUUGAAUUCGAUGACUUUCAGGGGUGAGAGUAUUGGAAAGACUCCCCUUGCCAAAGCUGUAUUUCAAAAAUUAUCAAAUUCUCAAUUAUUUGAAGGUUGCUAUUUCCUUGAAGAUGUUAGAGAAACAAUUAAAGUACCUGGAGGAUUAGAUCAUCUGAGAAAGAAUCUUAUAUCUUGUUUAUUGAAUGACAAAACUAUUCAAAAGAUGGAUACCCCACUUGAAGCUUUACCUUCUAUUAUUUUUCAGAGACUUCGACGUAAAAAGGUACUUAUUGUUUUGGAUGAUGUGGAUAGCUCAAUCCAAUUAAAUGUUUUAGUUGAAGGAUGUUGUGAACUUGCUCCUGGAUGUAGAAUCAUUGUUACAACUAGAGAUAAGCAAGUGCUUAGGACAGCAGCCGAUAGUAUUUACCAGGUUAAGAGCUUAAAUGUCAUUGAAUCUCUUGAGCUCUUCCGAUUGCAUGCAUUUCGUGAAAACUCUCCAACCAUUGAUGAUGAAAUGGUUUUAGAGGUAAUAAGAUAUGCUAAUGGGAACCCACUAGCUUUUAAGGUCUUGGGCUCUUUCCUUUGCUGUAGAAGUCAAAUAGAUUGGGAAAGUGCACUGAAGAAGCUGAAAAGGGUUCAAGAUUCAGAAAUUGAAAAAGUGUUGAAAGUUAGUUACGACGGGUUAGAUAAAGGGACCAAGGAAAUAUUUCUUGACACUGCUUGCUUAUUUAAUUCCUUUUUUACAAGAGGCCAUGUAGAAAGAAUAUUAGGUGGCGGUAAUUCCACUAUGGAAAUAGAACUAAGUGUCCUCAUUGAGAAGUGUUUAAUUGAAAAUGGUGAAAGUGACAAGCUAUGGAUGCAUGAUUUGCUACGUCAAAUGGGUCGGGCAAUUGUAUGUGAUGAAGAUAAAGAACCUGGUAAUCGCAGUAGGUUGUGCAAUGCUGUGGAAGUUUGUGAUGUAUUGGAAAAUUGUACAUUACGGUUUUUACAAUGGGACUUAUACCCAUCAAAAUCGUUGCCGUCAAAAUUUAUUCCUGAGAAUCUUGUUGAACUUGUACUUCAUGGCAGCCAUGUUGAAAAGCUUUGGAAUAGUCACAAAGUUAUGUCUCUUCCGGUGUUAAAAAGGAUGGAUCUUAGUUAUUCUGAGUUCCUUACUCAACUACUAUAUUUGACACAGGCUCCUAAUCUGGAAAGGAUAAAUCUUGAAGGCUGUACAAGCUUGGUUCAGGUUUGUUCAUGUCUUCAAAAUCUUGACAAGCUUACUUAUCUAAAUUUGAAUGGCUGCUUUAAACUCAGAGAUGUUAAAGAGAUGUUCAAGAGAACAGAAGGAUUAUCUAAAAGUUGGAUCCAAAAUUUUACGAGCAAUUUAUGUCUCUACUCAUCUCAGGCUCACAUUUCUCAAAAGUUUGCACCCAAUUUAAGAUAUUUAGGUUUGAAUAAGACGGCAAUAGAAACUGUGCCCCCAUCAAUUGGGUCGAGUCUUGUUGAAUUAGAUUUGAAGUUUUGUAAAAGACAUAAAAGUCUUCCAACAAGCAUUUGUCAUUUGAAAUCUAUUGAAUCAUUACGUCUAUGUGGUUGUAAGAAACUGAAAGGGUUUCCAGAAAUCUUGGAGCCUAUGGUACGGUUAAUAACACUUUAUCUAAGUCUGAGUGGGAUUAGAGAGUUGCCAGAGUCGAUUGAAAAUCUAGUUUCCCUUGAAGUUGUACUUAUGGAUGAAUGCAAGGACCUUGAGUUUCUUCCCAAUGGUCUAUGUAAAUUAAGGAACCUUAGGCUGAUAUCGCUCUUCAACUGUUCAAAAAUUGAAAAAUUGCCUCCCAUUCCACCAUCUUUGAACACCUUGUGCGUGGAUUAUUGUCAGAGAUUGAAAUCUUUGCAGAGGUUCCAUCUCAAUAUUUAA